AGGGGCACUCGCUGAACCCGACGAGGAUGGAGACGAGCGGCGGUGGCGGCUGCUGUGGGCUCGUGCCCGCCCCGCCGACGCCAUUGCCCAGAUCCAAGUAUUGUUGUGGACUUGCUCAAGACCAAAAUGUAGUAAAAAGAUUCUACACAACAGGCAACUUAAAGUGAUCAGCUAUAUUGAAUCAAAGAUCUUUGUAUAACAGUUUGAUGCAUCUGUAAAACGUCUUCCCUGGGAUCUGAAGUAAUCCUCAGAACUCUAUUUCUGAAACAGCAUGACUAAUUGUAAAGGAAGGUCUGUCAGCAAGAAAACAAAUGAUAAAGCCUAUCAUACAGAAGGUUUUGUAAACUGGACUAUAAAUCUAAAUACAAUUCAGUCGGACAAGUUCUUGAACCUGCUAUUAAGUAUGGUUCCAAUUGUUUAUCACAAAAACCAGGAAGAGAGACAUAAGAAAGUGAAUGGUCUCUGGCAAGAUAGAUUACAGCCUUCAGGGCACAGUUUCAGUGUUAGGACUGAUCAGCACAUGGAUUAUCAUCAUUUUUCAGAAUCAACUUUUCAUCACAAUGGACAUAAUUCAUCGAGCUGUAGCCCAAAGUAUGAUAACUUUGCAAGUUAUAAUUAUUCAGAUGAAAUGGACAUGUCGGAGACAGAUGCUAUGCUGCAGGACAACACUGUGUCAAGUGAUGGUGAUGAAGAUACCAUUGUGGAAGGCAGCAGAAAACAGCCAAAGGAAUCUAGUAGCAUUAUGGCAUUACAGAUACUUGUCCCAUUUUUGCUAGCAGGCUUUGGAACAGUAUCUGCUGGGAUGGUUCUGGAUAUUGUUCAGCAUUGGGAAGUGUUCAAAAAUAUUACUGAAGUUUUCAUUUUGGUUCCUGCACUACUUGGUUUGAAAGGGAACUUGGAAAUGACUUUGGCAUCUCGACUGUCAACAGCUGUAAAUGUUGGGAAAAUGGAUUCACCAAUUGAGAAGUGGAAUUUAAUAAUUGGUAAUUUGGCCUUAAAACAGGUACAAGCAACUGUAGUUGGUUUCCUGGCAGCCGUGGCAGCUGUUAUUUUGGGUUGGAUUCCUGAGGGCAAAUACCGUCUUGAUCACUCAGUCCUCUUAUGUUCUAGCAGUGUAGCAACAGCCUUCAUAGCAUCCCUUUUACAGGGAAUAAUAAUGGUUGGAGUUAUUGUUGGGUCAAAGAAGACUGGCAUAAAUCCUGACAAUGUUGCAACACCUAUUGCAGCAAGCUUUGGAGACCUUAUCACUCUUGCCAUACUCGCUUGGAUAAGCCAGGGUCUUUAUGAUUGCCUUGAGAAAUAUUAUUAUAUAUCUCCUUUAGCUGGUGCCUUUUUCUUGGCUCUGACUCCUAUGUGGAUUGUAAUUGCUGCUAAACAUCCAGCUACAAGAACUGUCCUCCAUUCAGGGUGGGAGCCUGUUAUAACUGCUAUGGUCAUAAGCAGUAUUGGUGGCCUUAUUCUGGACACAACUGUAUCUGAUCCUAAUUUGGUUGGGAUUGUUGUUUAUACUCCAGUAAUCAAUGGUAUUGGUGGUAAUCUAGUCGCAAUUCAAGCAAGCAGAAUUUCUACAUAUUUACAUUUACACAGUGUUCCUGGGGAAUUACCAGAAGAAGCCAAGGGUUGCUAUUAUCCAUGCAGGACAUAUUGUGGUACAGGAGUAAAUAAUAAAUCAGCCCAGGUUCUUCUGCUCUUGGUGAUUCCUGGGCAUUUAAUUUUCUUGUAUACUAUUCAUUUAAUGAAAAGUGGCCACACAUCCUUGACUCCAAUCUUCAUUGUGGUAUAUUUGUUCACAGCCAUUUUACAGGUGUUCACCUUACUAUGGAUUGCUGACUGGAUGGUGCACCAUUUCUGGAAAAAAGGAAAAGAUCCAGACAGUUUUUCUAUCCCUUAUCUUACUGCCCUUGGUGAUCUUCUUGGAACUGCCUUACUUGCAAUGAGUUUUCACUUUCUUUGGCUCAUUGGUGAUAGAGAUGGAGAUGUAGGAGACUAAUAAUCCAGAUGUGCACACUAGCUGAUCCCAUUACAUGAACAUGACAAACAAGAGACAACCACUUGGCUUAUACCAUUUCAUCUGAAGGACCUCAAGACAGUGGCUGAAUCUGGUUAUUAUGGUAACUUAAUGUUGGCACCAAUAACAAAUGGCCUUAACUUUUUUUAAAAAAAAGAGAUAGAAGUGGAAAAAUAGUUUUAAAUAUUUUUGCACUGCAGGGGAGUGUGGCUGUUGCUAGCUGACCACAGAAAGAGAAAGGUCAGCCAGUAUUGUGCCAAGAAACAAAGUCCAGAAACAUAGUUGAUGGGCAGUAAAUAACAGAAUGAUGUGACUUAACCACUGAUGUGUUUGUCUUCAUCACAAAUUAGUUUACAUUUCAGUGGGCAGCCUGGCUGUGCAUUUCAGCUUAUGCAAUAUAAUGGGUUCACACUUAUAGUUAAAUCUUCUGGAAUCAGACUCAUUUGAUAAAUAGGCAAAGCAGAUCAUUUGUGCAUACAGUUAAGAAAAAAAGAUCAAGCAGGACAUUCAACACUCCUUUUUAGUUGCGGGUGAGACAGAAUAAAGCAGUUUCUGUUCUGGAAACUAGUUUAAUCAGUUGAAAAUGGGAAAGAAGUUUCUAAUAGAGAUAACCCAGUACUAUCAUGCAUGGACAUUAAUGAUGUUGUAUUAAUAAUUGUAUUUCAAAAGGUACAAUGGUGCAGUUUUAAAAUGUUCAAUUUUGUCUUUUACAGUUUAUUGUAAAGCAUAGGAAAUUAAGGCUACUUACAAGAAUUAAAAAGAGGGGCUUCUGGUAUGUAGUUAUGGGACAACUGCAAUAUAUGUACCAAAAAGAGAAUUGGUGGAGAUUUUUUUCUUUUUAGAAAUACUGUUAAAGAGAAGGAAACCUUUGACAUAUUCAGCCAAGAUGUUUUGCCACACAGUUACAUACAGCGAGUGGCAGUUGGAAUUUUAGGCUGCAAUCCUCUUACCUUGGGGUAAUCCCCAUUGGAUUCAGUGAGACUUGCGUUUGAGUAGACAUGGAUGGGAGUGUACUGUUAAGGGCUUUUCCUAAAUUAUCACUGGGCAGAGCAAUCCUGUGGGGGCAGGGGAGGGAGUAUCCGUGGCAGAACUACUCUUACUUCCUAAACUGCACAUUUAGGUCAGAGAGAGCAUCUAGAGAGUAAAUAAAUAUGGCAGUUCCAGGAGUGAUAUAUUUGUCCUCCAUUGUUGGGGGAGGGGCAUGGCAGGGUUUGGAGAACAGAAGGAAUUUAGAUCCUGGAGUUCCAAACCCUCCCUCGAUACAUCCUCACACACACACCCAUCAGAGCACCAGCAGUAGUGGAGGUUUCUGCAUCUGCAAUCAGGAGACCUCUGGGGUUCGACCUCCUCUGCUUGCAAACAGAGGUCUGUGAUAUCCUAUGGCCCCAGAAAUACCCUCCCAACAAACAUAGGAUUGUGCCCUUGCUGUGCAAUAAGAGUGCAACUGCUGCUCUGAAGAUCCAGGCAUUUUUUUUGAAUCUAACAGUGCUGUUUUAAAGGCAUUUCUUUUCUCAGUGCUCAAACCAGAAUAGUUUGCUCUAAGAAACUGUCAUUCCCCAUGCCCUGUAUGUCAGUUGUGUAAUGUAAUCAGUGCUUUGUAGAAUGUGGCUAUGUGGGUAUCACAGGUACUUGUUGGCUAGUGCCUGUGACACACUGAUAAUGAGCAGUAUUGCUCCCAUCAUAUGUCUGCACCAUUUCAUGAAUUAAUGUAUUAUGUUUAAAAUAUCUGCAAAGACUUCAUUUCCCUAUUGUAGUGCAGGAACCCUCAGGCAGGUUACAGUCCUGAAAUGCGCUAUACAUUUCUAUAGUGCACCACUGCAGCAUUACAUGUUUUAUCCCAAACUUUAAAACCCUUAUUGCUGUGCAUGUAAUUUGAAUUUGGGGAUUUGGUUGAAAGAUUACACAAGUGUUUGCAUAAUGAUUGUUUCAGUUUAUGGUUUGUGAUGAGUUGCAUGUUGCCUUGGAUAUUCUAUAAAUAAAACUAACAUUUCAAACCAUGGCAAAGCAAUUCCCCCACCCACCUCCAGAAAGCGCUAAUGAAGCUGCACAAAUUUCAUUGCAAUGAAUAACCAUUUUGCACUUCCCAUUACUAUUAAUGGAAUUUGCACAAGAUUGGUCCCUUUUCAUAUAUCCAAGUACAUCUAGUUGAUUUAUUUCAAAUAUGGAUAUGCAAAUUAGGCAGCUAAAUUUAUGUAUGGGGCCCCAUUUUUCACAUGCCGACUUUUAUUAAUAUAGCCAAAAAGAAAUGUUCAUAGGCAUAGUUGCUUGCUGACCCUCAUCUUCAUAGAUGCCAAGGAUGCUGGUAGCUAUUUCGCUUCCUAAUUGAAACCUUACAUGAAUAACUUUAUACACACAUUAAAAGAAUUAAAAUCUUUUGCAUAAUUAUGAGUGGACUGCCUUGCUGCUGGAAUUGGAAGGUUAACCCAUACAGUAACAUUUCAGAAUUGUGAAGGAAAAUUGGACUGUCCUCUAGGUUCCCCUUAGAGUGUAUUAGCACUGUAAUAUUGUGGACAACAUUACUAUUCAUUUUGUUUUAAAAAUCAGUUGGUGAUAACUAAAACAUAUUUGUAUUUGGGGAUAUAGAUCUAGAAACAAUUAAAUUUAAUUCUGGUUGAGCUACCUUCAUGUGGAAUUAUGGUCUGAAGAAAAAUAUUUUAAUGUUUGAAGAGGCUACAAAGUUUUAAAGUUCUUUAGAACCAAACCACAGAGCUUCUGAAAAAAAACACACAAAUAAAAUUGCAUUUGUUUUAAUAGAA